AUGGGCGUGCUGAGUUGUUCAUCAAUGUUGUGUCAUUGUACACGACCGCAAUUUACACACAAGCACGACCAGUUGUCACUAUUUUUGAUUUUUCUAUCAGCACACAAUAAGAUUUCAUCUCCAUACAUGAAAAUCCAAUUUUGCAUGCAACCGACAAUGCUUCAAAACGUUCUUGCUAUAGGGUUACUAGUACCAAUUGCAUUGGGGAAGUUACGUGGUGUCAGUCCUGAUAAUGAACAUUUGUACCAACCAACCAUAGAAAAUGGUCAACAAUAUUGGCACUGUUUGAACGAUUCAAGUAUUAAAUUAUCAUUUGAUCAAGUCAAUGAUGAUUACUGUGAUUGUCCUGAUGGAUCAGAUGAACCAGGUACUAAUGCCUGUUCUAAACCACUUUUUAAAUUCUAUUGUACAAAUGAAGGACACUUUCCAGGUUAUAUUGAUCAAUUUAAAGUAGACGAUGGAAUUUGUGAUUAUGAUAUUUGUUGUGACGGGUCUGAUGAAUUAGGGAUAUGUGAAAACAAAUGUGGAGAGAUACAUCGUCAAUUCGAAGAAUACCAGACAAAAGUUGAGAAAUCUAUUAGCGGAGCAUUAUCCAGAAAAGAAGGAAUUCUUGCAAUUGCUAAAAGAAAGAGAGAUCACUUAAUCAACCAAUUAAAGAAAUUGGAACAAAGUUUACCUGCCAAAAAGAUGGAAUUGAAUCAGUUACAGUUGGAACUCGAGGAAAAAGGAGAUGAAGAUUUUUCUGUCUAUGAUGUAUUGGGUGAUCAUAUCGCUGAUUUGGCAACAAGAUUAGAAUCACAUAAGAAAGAUAUCAUUAAACAAGAACAUCAGAUUCAAUUGUUGGAGAAAUUAUUAGAGAAACUUUCCAAUGAGUACAAUCCAAAUUUUAAUGAUCUUGCAGUUAAGGAAUCAAUUCAUAAAUACCAAGAAUAUAUUUCAAAUAAAGACGAGGAGAUCAAAGAAGAUAUCAAAGAGACUAAUAAAGUACUCCAUCAAUUAGCUGAGAGAGCAAAAUCUAUGGUUCACAAUGGUGGUGAUAACGUGUAUGUCAAGCCGACUUUAAAAAAUAUGAUCCACCAUUAUUUUGAAUUAUUCACUGGAACUUUCUUGACCAAACCAGAAUUACAGGUUAAAUCAGUAAUCUCAUCAGAUGAGUUAACCAUGAAAAUCGAUGAAUUAGAAGAUGACAUUAAGAAUAUUGAACAAAAAAUAACUGCUAUAAAGGCUAACUUGAAUUCUGAUUUUGGUCCAGAUGAUAUUUUAAGAGCAUAUGAACUGAGGGCAAUUACUAAGAAGCUAGGUGGAUAUAACUAUGUUAUAAAUCUUUUGGGUUCAAUAGUACAAGGUGAUGUAUUAAUUGGUAACUUCAAAAAGUAUGAAGAUGGCAAGAUUUAUUUUGAUAGAGGUGCCAAAUGCUGGAAUGGCCCACAUAGAUCAGCAAUAGUCGAAUUUGAAUGUGGUGACGCAUUAGAUUUGAUUUCUGUCAGUGAACCUGAAAAGUGCCAAUACAAUUUCCUUGUCAAAGGUGAAGCCUGGUGCAAACCUCUUUCCGAAGAGGAAAUUUUAUCUAGUUUUAAGAUUGAUUAUGCAUUACUAUAG